AUGCCCUUUCAAUUCCUGUUUGCUGCAGAAAAGCGGUGUCCCAUGGUAGACCAUAAUGGACCCCAUUGGUUGUAUCAUGCCUUGUUGCACACUACACUGUCCAUCUCAGUGCCCCAAACGGGCAAGUCAAGACUGCUUCAUGGCAUGAGGCCAGUUCUAGAGAAGAUCUUGGUGGAUACAAAUUCCUCGAUGUCGGCAGACGAACCCGUUGGACUUUGCUUGGCAAACUUUGAGGAGCUAUUGCGGGAGUCCUUCCCACCCUGUAUGCAGUACCUGGUCGACUUCCAGCGCCAGGGGAAUCACCUCAAGCACCAUGGGCGGAUGCAGCUGAGACCCUUGCUGAGGGAAGCUGGGUUGCCUUUGCCGGAGGCGCUUCGUUGGUGGCGCCGCGAGUUCUUGCGCGAUGCAAGUGUGAAAGAGGAAGACUUCAGCUCAGAGCACACCUAUCACAUCCAGCAUGCGUAUGGGCAACUGGGUAAGCGCAAGCCAGCAUUUGGGUGGAGCUGCCGAAAGGCGCUGGACCCCCAAGUCUUUCCAUCCCCGGGCGUCAAGCAGGCUCACGGCUGCCCGUUUCGGAGCCUCGAUAAGGUCGAGCUUCGCCGGCUGCUCGUGGACUUUGCCUUAUCUCCGGCAAGCGCCGCCACAGCCGCAGCACUGGCAAGGGGGGAGGGCGAUGAGUCUACCGUCAGCCUGCCGCCAUUCCCGAGCGAAGCCAGCCAGGAGGAGCAGGCCUGCGCCUUUGUUUUCGCUGAGCGCCAUCCUGGGGCUGAGCUUAGCGCCGUGGGCCAUCCGAUGGAGUUCCUGAGGAGGAGCCGGCGCUACCUGCAGAAACCAGAUGCGGGAAAGUUGCAAGGGCUGCCUACAGAAGGCCACUUCGAGUGGCCUCUGGGCUAG